UGUAGCGAAGGAACUAAAUCUGAGUGACGCAGUGAGAAUUGCCUGGCCUCACCCGCUGGCAGCACCAUGACAGUGUCCUUGUGGCCGAGAGGACCUGGAUCAAGUCCAAGAAUCGAAGAAGGGGUCUGCGCACUGGUCUUUUUUCUCCUCUUGCACAAUGUGGACGCCGGGGUCCAGAUCGAGUCGCAGCAGCGCGACUUCUUCGUUAUCGAAGGCCGCAACUUCACCAUCGCAGCUGACAUUAAUAUUACCCAGGGAGACACCAUUGCCUCGGCUUUCUGGGCUAAAAAGAAUGGAGAGCGUCAGAGAAUUGUCGAUUGCUUCCCGGACCAGGUUGAGACAGCAAGCUACUCGAGGUACACGGGUCGAGGAUGGUGCGCAAUGCAAGCAGAUAGCAUAACGUUAACACUCACAAAACUCACGCCAAAGGACAGCGGCGAUUAUGAGCUCAAGAUUACGUUAAAUUCUGGUGAAAUCGGCACAGUGCACUUCACCGGAAAACUCUAUGUACCUGUGUUUAACGUCACUAUCGUACCCCACUCUGAAAAGACUGAUCGACAGACCAAACUUAUCCUGAAAUGCAAGGUCUCAGCAGGAACGGACCCAAUAUUUAAGUGGACUGCAAGCGACAAGACUAUAGCCCGCAGCAGCAAGUACGUGAUGUCAGCAGACCUCAGUGUCCUAACCAUUCUUGAGUUAGAGUCUUCUGACUGCCACGUGUACACAUGCAUUGUCAAGAACGAUGUCAAUGUGGAGAAGAAACUUUUCAACGUUUCCGAAUCCGAAGACGUACCUUUCUGCAGAGAACAUUUAUACGCUCACGUGCUCCUUUAAUUGCGGAAGUACUGACCUUUUCGUUGCUGUGUUUCGCUGUUCUCUGCGCGUUGUGCGCAGGGGGAUAACCACUGGCAACCUCUGCCAGAAUCCUUAAACUGGGAAGGAAGUUCAUUUUUCAGCGGGGCAACGAUCCAAAGCACACUGCCAAAGCAACCACGAAGUGGUUUCAAAUGGAAAAUAUUGAUGUCCUUGAGUGGCUCAUUCAGAGUCCUGGCCUUACUCUGAUCGAAUAUCUCUGGUAAGACCUCAAGCGUGCUGUCCCCCGUCACUUCCCAACUAACCUGGCACCGCUUGAGCAAUUUAACAAGGAGGAAUGAACAACUUCUGCUCCAUCGCAUUCUACAACGCUAACAAAGACUAUCCAAAAAGACUACUGGUUGUAUCAGCUGCGAGAGAUGGUUCAGCUAAGUAGUGAGUACAGAGGGAUGAAGUAGAACCAUAGAACCAUAGACAAUAACAGCACAGAAACUGGCCUUUUGGCCCUUUUUGGCUGUGCCGAACCAUUUUUCUGCCUAGUCCCACUGACCUGCAGCUGGACCAUAUCCCUCCAUACACCUCUCAUUCAUUUACCUGUCCAAGGUUUUCUGAAAUCUUAAACGUGAGCCCACAUUUACCACUUCAUCUGGCAGCUUAAUCCACACUCCCUCCACUCUCUGUGAAGAAGCACCCCCCCAUGUUCCCUUUAAACUUUUCCCCCUUCACCCUUAACCCAUGUCCUGUUUUUUACCCCAGCCUCAGUGGAAAAAGCCUGCUUGCAUUCAUUCCAUCUAUACCCAUCAUAAUUUGAUAUACCUCUAUCAAAUCUCCUUUCACUCUUCUACGCUCCAGGGAAUAAAGUACUAGCCUAUUCAACCUUUCUCUGUAACUCAGUUUCUCAAGUCCCAGUAAUAUCUUUGUAAACCUUCUCUGCACUCUUUCAACCUUAUUAAUAUCCUUCCUGUAAUUUGGUGACCAAAACUGCACACAAUACUCCAAAUUCGGCCUCACCAAUGCAUCAUACAACCUCACCAUAACAUUCCAACUCUUAUACUCAGUACUUUGAUUUAUAAAGGCCAAUAUACCAAAAGCUCUUUAUACGACACUAUCUACCUGUGACGCCACUUUUAGGGAAUUUUGUAUCUGUAUUCCCAGAUCCCUCUGUUCUACUGCACUCCUCAGUGCCCUACCAUUUACCUUGUAUGUUCUACCUCGGUUUGUCCUUCCAAAGUACAAGACCUCACUUGUAUGUAUUAAAAUCCAUCUGCCAAUUUUCAUCCCAUUUUUCCUGCUGGUCCAAAUCUCUCUGCAAGCUUUGAAAACCUUCCUCACUGUCCGCUAUAGCAAUCUUUGUAUUAUCAGCAAAUUUGCUGAUCCAGUUUACCAUAUUAUCAUCCAGAUCAUUGAUAUAGAUGACAAAUAACAAUGGACCCAGCACUGAUCCCUGUAGCACACCACUAGACGCAGGCCUCCACUCAGAGAAGCAAUUCUCCACUACCACUCUCUGGCUUCUUCCAUUGAGCUAAUGUCUAAUCCGAUUUACUAACUCUCCGUGUAUACCUAGCAACUAAAUCUUCCUAACUAACCUCCCAUGUGGGACCUUGUCAAAGGCCUUACUGAAGUCCAUGCAGACACCAUCCACUGCCUUCCCUCAUCCACUUUCCUGGUAACCUCUUAGAAAAACUCGAAUAGAUUUGUUAAACAUGACCUACCACGCACAAAGCUAUGCUGACUCUCCUUAAUAGGUCCCUGUUUAUCCAAAUACUUGUAUAUCCUAUCUUUCAGUGCUCCUUCCAAUAAUUUACCUACCACGACGUCAAACCUACUGGCCUAUAAUUUCUAUGAUCACUUUUAGAGCCUUUUUUAAACAACGGAACAAGAUGAGUUAUCCUCCAAUCCUUCGGCUUCUCACCUGUAGAUAACGACAUUUUAAUGAAAUCUGCCAGGGCCCCUGCAAUUUCAACACUAGUCUCCUUCAACGUCCGAAGGAAUACCCUGUCAGGUCCUGGGGAGUUAUCUACUGAUUUGCCUCAAGAUAGCAAGCACUCCUCCUCUUCAAUCUGUAAAGCUUCCAUGACCUCACUACUUGUUUGCCUUAUUUCCAUUGAGUCCAUGCCAGUUUCCUUAGUAAAUACAGAAGCAAAAAAAGAAAAAAAAUAAGAUCUCCCCCAUUUCUUUUGAUUCCAUACAUAGCCGACCACUCUAAUCUUCAAGAGGACCAAAUUUAUCCCUUGCUAUGCUGUUGGUCUUAAUAUACCGGUAGAAUCUCUUUGGAUUAUCCAUCACCUUGACUGCCAAAGCAACCUCAUGUUUUCUUUUAGCCGUCCUAAUUUCUUUCCUAAGUAUUUUUUUUACACUUUGUAUACCCCUCAAGCAAAUUAUUUGGUCCCUGUUUCCUGUACAUGUCAUACAUCUCUUUCUUCCUCUUUAUCAGAGUUCCAAUAUCAGGAACAUACAAAUCUGUACUCUAAAAUUUCUCCUUUGAAGGCCUUCCACUUAGCAGGCACAACUUUGCCAGAGAACAACCUGUCCCAAUCCACGCUGUUUAGAUCCUCUCUCAUUUUUUCAAAUUUGGCCUUUUCCAGUUUAGAACCUCAAACCGAGGACCAGAUUUAUCUUUAUCCACGAUCAAGUUGAAACUAAUGGUGUUAUGAUCACUGGAACCAAAGUGUCCUCCUACACACACUUCCGUCACAUGUCCUAACUCUUUUCCUAAUAGGAGAUCUAAUAUUGCUUGCGCUCUAAUUGGUACCUCUGUAUAUUGAUUUAGAAAACUUUCCUGAACACAUUUUACAUACUCUAGCCCGUCUAGACCUUUAACAGUAUGGCAGUUCCAAUCAAUAUGUGGCAAAAUAAAAUCCCCUACCGUCACAACUUUGUUUCCUGCAGUUGUCUGUUAUCUCUAUGCAGACUUUUCUCCUUCAAUUCUCGCUGACUAUUGGGUGGUCUAUAAUACAACCCCAUUAAUGUGGUCAUACAUUUCCUGUUUCUCAGCUGCACCCAUAUGGCCUCGGCAUACAAGCCCUCUAUUCUUUCCUGCCUGAGCACUGCUGUAACAUUUUCCCUGAUUAGCAAUGCCACCCACCCCCCCCCCACCCUUCUUCCCUCUGCCUCUACCACGUCUGAAACAUCGGAACACUGGAACAUUAAGCUGUCAGUCCUGCCCUUCCUGUAGCCAAGUGUUACUACUGGCUAUAAUGUCGUAAUUCCAUGUGUCUAUCCACGUCCUCUGCUCGUCAGCCUUCCCCACAAUACUCCUUGCACUGAAAUAGACACACCUCAGCAGGUUAUUACCAGCACACACAACCCUUGUAUUUGUGACUUGGCAUGGACUUUUAACAUCAUUUAUUUUCACCCUUGCUCCACUAUCUGCUCUGGUACUCUGGUUCCAAUCCCCCUGCAAAUCGAGUUUAAACUCUCCUUAACAGCAAUAAAAACACCUCCCUGCAAGGAUAUUGGUCCCUUUGUACUUCAGGUAUAACUCGUCUCCUGUACAAGUCCCACAUGCCCCAGAAGUCCCAAUGAUCCUGAAAUCUGAAACCCUGCCCCCUAUACCAUUUCCUUAGCCAGGUGUUCUUCUGCCAGAGCAUCCUAUCCUUACCCUCACUGGCACGUGGCACAGGUAGUAAUCCUGAGAUUACAACCCUCGAUGUCCUGCUUUUUAACUUGCUACCAAACUCUCUAUACUCACUCUUCAGGACCUCCACACUCUUUCUUCCUACAUCAUUGGUACCGAUGUGUACCAUGACAUCUGGCUGAUCACCCUCCCACUUCAGAAUGUUGUGCACGUGAUCAGAGACAUCCCUGACCCGGGAGGAAACAAACCGGGAGUCUCUGUCACGACCACAGAACCUCCUUUCUGUACCUCUAACCAUCGUGACCUUAUCACUGCCCCCUCCUCCUCUUCCACCCUCCAUUCUGCACUGCAGAACCAGACUUAGUGCCAGAGAUCCGCCUGCCGCAGCUUAUCCUAGGUAAGUCAUUCCCCCCAGCCGUAUCAAAAUCGGUAUACUUAUUGUUGAGGGGAAUGGCCACAGGGGUACCCUGCUCUGCCUUCCCUUUCCCUUGUUUAACAGUAACCCAACUACCUGCGCGCUGCUGCUUUGGUGUAACUACCUCCCUGAAGCUACUAUCUAUAAACACAUCAUUCUCACGAAUGAUCCGGAGGUCAUCCAGAUCCUGCUCCAGUUCUCUAACACGGUUUGUUAGGAGCUGCAGUUGGAUGCACUUCUUGCAGGUGUCGUUAUCAGGGACACCAGAGGUCUCCUUGACUUCCCACAUCCUGCAAGAGGUGCAUUCUAACAUCCUGCCUGGCAUUCUCUCCAAACCAACUUGUCAAAAAAGAAAUCUAAUGAGAGAGAAAAAUACAACAACAACUGACCGGAACCUACCCUCGCCUCUGCUUGUUCAGCCAAAGCCGUCCCACUUUGACUCAGUCCACUCCGACGAUGGCCGCUUCGCUAGACGAAACUUCUUUUAUAGUGCGCUAGCUGACCGGCUGUCUUCGGCUACACCGCUCCCAAUUGGUUGGCCGUUUAAAAAACUGAAAAAGCCCGCGAAUCUUCUACUUCUCAGCUCUGCCAACGGCCUCUUCGCUGGAUGAAGUGCUGACAUUUCAGUGUUUGAACUUUUAGUUUUUCAUGCUUUACAAUCUUAGGGCUCUAUCUUGGUCCAUCGGAUCCACAAAUAAAAACUGUUGAA